AGUCGUGCGGGGUUAGUUUAGGAGACGUUAGCGUUGCAAAAUACGUGGCAGAAGGGUGUCGACAUGGAGAUAGCUGCUCUGGCCGCGUUAACUUUGUUACUGGGUGCACUGGUUAUUCUGGUUGCGUUAGCGGUGGGCAGACGGAAAGAAGAAAUAAGAGAGGAAACUGAGCAGGCAGCGGAGUUUGCCGCUGAAGCCAGUGCUGUGAAGGGUUCCCAAUCCAAGAAGCAGAAGCAGGAGAAGCAGCGUGGCCGCAAGGAUAAACCUACACAACACACUUUCAGCCAUCCGCUGCUGGCAGCCUCUCUGAAGGGCCACAGUGGAAAUGUGACCUGCCUCGAUUUUAGCAGUAACGGGAAGUACCUGGCGUCGUGUGCUGACGACCGCACUGUUCGGAUCUGGAGCACCAAGGACUUCCUGGACCGCGAGCACAAGUGUCUGAGAGCCAAUGUGGAGCUGGAUCACGCUACGCUGGUCCGGUUUAGCCCUGACUCCAGGGCGUUUAUCACCUGGUUGGCCAAUGGAGACUGCAUACGAAUCUUCAAAAUGACAAAGAAGGAUGACGGCUCCAUGAGCUUCAAAGCUGCUCCCGAGGAUUUCCCACAGAAGCACAAGGCCACCAUCCUCAACAUUGGCAUCGCAGAGACAGGCAAGUUUAUCAUGAGUGCCUCCACCGACACCUGUAUCAACAUCUGGGACCUGAAAGGAGAGGUGCUGGCCUCUAUCAACACGAACCACAUAACCAAUUCUUAUGCUGCCAUCUCCCCGUGUGGCAGGUUUGUCGCGUCCUGCGGCUUCACUCCUGAUGUGAAGGUGUGGGAGGUUUGCUUCGGCAAAGGAGGAGACUUCAGAGAGGUGGUGCGAGCCUUUGACCUGAAGGGCCACUCUGCUGGAGUCCACGCAUUUGCCUUUUCCAACGACUCUCGCAGGAUGGUGAGCGUCUCCAAAGACGGCACGUGGAAGCUAUGGAACACGGACGUGGAGUACAAAAAGCAGCAGGAUCCCUACCUCCUGAAAACCGUUCCCUGCAGCUCGUCUGAAGGCAGCCGGGUGGCCUUGUCUCCAGACGGCCGGGUGGUGGCCGUCAGCGAUGGCUGCAACGUGGCCAUGUACGAUGCUGCCAGCGGAAAGCUGGAGGAGGAGCUGCAUGGCAUCCACAGCGUGGAGAUCACGGACCUUAGAUUUGACAUUAACGGACGCUUCUUGGUGUGCAGUGGCGACAAGGCUAUCCGAGUGUUUCACAACGCUCCGGGCUACCGGGCUGCCAUCAAAGACAUGCAGGACAUGCUGAAGAAGGCUCAGAACGAGGCCAUGAAGCAGAGACUGCAGCAGCAGAUCAAAGAGGCUCAGAGUGCCCUGGACGCUGUGCUCGCUGCCCCCUCCAACUAAACAGAAAUAAUAGGAAAUCACACUCUGAAUGUGACAGUGUCAGACUCUGCUAAUCAUUUGUUUGCAUAGUCACCUCUGCCUCUUAAUGAUCUGGACUGUGAAGAUGAGAUUUGCAUGCAGUUUAAUAAAAGUUAUCUUUUUAUGGAAGUGCUUCGUUUGAUUUGAGACAUUUGGACUUUUGAGUGUGAUGUGCUGUGAUUGUGUUUGAUUUGUCAUAGUUUGUGAAAUUUGUCUCAGAGUCACUAUGUGGAAAAAGGAACAGAUUAACAGUCCCUUUAACAUCUAAUGGCCACUGUCGGUUUGGGUGCUUCAUUUCCAAGUCCAGGUGUUGUCUGUGCUGACUCACUGUGAAACUUUGAACACAAACUAGUGUUAAUGUCACACCUUUGCUUUUCCUACUGUGGUAGGUCAAAAUUUCUGCUGUGAAAAAAGUUAAAAGUGUAAUAUUUUCCCAGAGGGUGGCGUUGAAGUAAAAUUCCUUUUCUGCUUAUUACAUCCAAAGUAAAUCUUUGGAAAUCUCCUCUUUGAAAUCCUUAAAGCUUUAUCUAAUGGCAUUGCUAUUGAGGGUUAAAAAUUAGGCCUCAGUUGACACCUGUGCACUCUCACUUGGGUGUACAAUUCAGUGCAAAUACCAUAAGAGGAUUUGACUUCAGAGCAGAACGUAAAUUGUGAGGUGCCUUUCAAGUACAACUAACUGAAAGAAGUGUGAGCAAGAUGUCCGGCAUCUUGAAAACACAGGUGAAACCACCUCUUCGGAUCUGUCAGAGUGAUAAAAAUAACCUUCAAAGUCACUGAAACUGGGGAAGAAAAACUAGCUUAUUCCUCAGUCCAUCCUAGCAGCCCACUGAAGGUGUAUUUGAUCCUCACAAACAGAUUUUUUUUUUUUUCCAGAGUUGUAGCGGUGAAGUCUGGAGCGUCCUAUAGUCCCCAGAAAGGCAAAGCAUAUCAAAAUAAUCCUCAGGAUUUGCAGAAUUUGUAACUUGUUUUGAAUAAAGGCAUAUAUUUGAUUACA